UGUAUAUGUGUGUUUUAAAAAAUGCACAGAAAGGCAUGUGAUUUUUUUUAAUAAUAAAAAAUUAUUGCUAAAAUAAUUAUAUGUUUUGCCAACAGGUCACAUUCUAGUGGUCCUAGCUAAUUGGCAUUUCGUAUGGGACUGCAUGGCAAUCGAUCAGGACCAUCCUCAACAGUAUCCUUACAAAACUCACCACAUAGAGGAACUGAUAUCAAAUUAUUGCAAGAGAUGUCAUGAAUUUUCAAAGUGAUUUUUUUCUACAGUUGGAAAAUAGAGCACACUGUCAAAUGCACACACUGUCAAAUCUGGGCAAUAGAGAACCAUCACACAAUUGUGGAAAUUCCUUGCAUGAGCCAAAGAUGAUAGAGUGAGGUCAGCCAAAUAUGACAGGGUUCACUGUGUCAUUCAGCCUUCUUUUGUUUGGGUUCAUAGUUGUUAUUUUUGAACUAUUUUUUCUACAGUUGAGUAUUAUGCUGUGCUUUCAAGAGACAGCAUCAUUUCCUUCUAGCAAGAGAGGCAAGUACUCCAUAGUGUAAUAUUUAUGUAGGGUGGUAUGUUUUUGCACAGAUCAUGCAGAGCACCUACUGCAAACAGUGAUGAUAAUGCCCUCAGUUACUCUUUCCCACACAAAUGGCUACAAGAAAAAGAAAUUAAUAAAGAAAAGUUGUUUGCAAUCAUGUGACAGAAAUUACAACUCAAUCUUCUUCAGUGUUAUUCAGAGUGUGGGGCCACAUUUUAUCAUCAGUCUCAUCAGCGACAGUUGUUUCAUUAUAACUGUGUUGCAAACUAUGCUACAUCAGUGUAUGAGUUCUGAUACAACUGAAGCAUCCAUUCACUGAAAAGUUCCCCAAACAAGAUUUUGCCCAUGUACUUUUUGAGUAGCAAAGAAGAUGAUCAAGAUGACAAAGUUAACACUGAAACCUCGAAAACAGCUGAUGAAUAUGAUGAUGAUGAUACAGUUGCAGAAGAGGAGAAAGAAAAAGGAGUUGUCAAAUUUCAUGUCUAUAAAUCUUAUUGGAAGGCAAUUGGCACCCCUUUGUCAUUGUCAGUUCUCUUGUUCUGCCUACUUAUGCAAACUUCUAGAACGACUUCUGAUUGGUGGCUUUCUUAUUGGGUAUCAAGUAUACAUAUCGCUGGAAAUAAUACGCUUUCAAGGCAGCCACUUGAUGGUAAUAGUAAGCAGAAAAAUUAUCUUUCCUUUUACUUAUCUGUAUAUGGAGCAUUGGCUGCUACAAACAGUGUAUUUACAUUAUUCCGAGCAUUCUUAUUUGCUAAAGCUGGUAUUCAAGCUGCUGUAUACCUUCAUGAUCGAUUAGUCAAAAAUGUUUUAAAGGCUACCUCUGACUUCUUUGAUGUGACUCCUCUUGGAAGAAUUAUGAAUAGGUUUUCGUCUGAUGUUUAUUGCAUAGACGAUUCUCUUCCAUUUGUUUUGAAUAUACUUCUUGCACAAGUAUUUGCACUAAUUGGAUGUGUUGUUAUUACUUGCUAUGGUCUUCCAUGGAUUAUAUUGUUGAUUUUGUUCUUAACUGUAAUCUAUUACAGAAUACAGCGUAGUUAUAGGUAUACAUCAAGAGAGCUGAAACGACUUUCAAGCAUCAGUUUGUCUCCUAUAUAUGCUCAUUUUUCUGAAACAUUAAGUGGACAUUCUACAAUUAGAGCUUUCGCUGCUUCAUCGAGAUUUCAGAAAGAAAAUAUGGAUCGGAUAGAUGCUAAUUUGAGAGCUGCACUUUCAACUUCAGCUGCAUCACAGUGGUUAAAUCUGAGAUUACAGUUUAUUGGUGUAAUUGUAGUUACAGGUGUUGCUGCAGUUGCUCUUAUUCAAAAGGAGUUUAGUGAAGUUGAUGCAGGAUUAGUUGGACUUGCAUUAUCCUAUGCACUUUCAAUUACAUCAUUGUUGAAUGGUUCAAUAACAGCAUUUACUGAAACUGAGAAAGAAAUAGUUAGUGUUGAGAGAGUAAUGCAGUAUAUUGAAAUGAUACAAACUGAAUCAACUGAUUACUUUCAAAUGCCACCUUUUGCAUGGCCCGCACAUGGUGUGAUAACAUUUGUGAAUGUUAGCUUGUGCUACAGAAAUGCUAGUCCAUAUUCUCUGAAAAAUAUAUCAUUUGAAACAAGACCAUGUGAAAAAUUAGGAAUUGUAGGACGAACAGGAUCUGGGAAAUCUAGUUUAAUUCAAGUGCUGAGUAGGAUGGUUAAUAAUUUUGAAGGUGCUGUUUUCAUAGAUGGUGUAAAUAUUGCGAAUCUUGAACUUAGAAAACUCAGGUCAAAUUUAUCUCUUAUAUCUCAAGAUCCUUUCUUAUUUUGUGGAAGUAUACGUGAAAAUUUGGACCCCAAUCAUUUGCGAAGUGAUGCAGAAAUAUGGAAGGCUUUACUUCAUUGUCAUAUGGAAGAAAAAAUUCGUUCCGUAGGUGGCCUGGAUGCAGAAAUUGAAGAAAGAGGUCAGAACUUUAGUUCUGGUGAAAGACAACUUCUUUGCUUGGCAAGAUCAUUAUUACAGAAAACCAAGAUCUUGUGUAUGGAUGAAGCUACAGCUUGUAUAGACUAUCAAACUGACAGCUUAAUUCGCCAUACAGUGAGAAUGGCAUUUCGGCAUUCAACUAUACUUAUUAUAGCUCAUCGCAUUGAAACUGUCAUGGAUUGUGAUAGAGUGCUUGUUAUGAAAGAUGGGAGUAUUUCAGAAAUUGAUAAACCAUCUGCUUUGCUUUCAAACCCAAAUUCUGAGUUUUAUGGCCUUGUGUAUGGUAAGACUGACUAAUCUAAAAAAAAAUUAUCUUGAUACUUUAUGAAGUCAGUUGCAUUUGCCUCUUUAUUAGACUUUUUAAAGUUUUUAAAGUGAUGUAAAAUUAUGAAAUGAAUUUCAUUCAUCUGAGUUGUUUAAAUAACUAGAAUGAGUUGUAUAUAAAUGAAAGUUGUCAUUUUCCAUUUUUAAAAGACACAUUUUAAAAUUUAUAUCCAUGCUAAAGUAGUUACAUGUAAUAUUUCUGUUCAAUUAAAUUGUAAAUCCUUUAUUUUUAUGAGCAAUUAAAAUUCCUUUUCUUAAUAUAAAGUGCUCAUUAUCAGAAUUUUCUGUUUUCUCUUAGAAAACCUUUUAGAAAAUGUUAUGUGAUGUAAAUAAAAACCAGUGAUUUUUCUGUAAGAUUUGAUAUUUCAAAAUUUUUAACUUGAAUUAUUUUCAAUAUGGAAUUUAUUUUAUGCAUUCCACUAAAAGUCAUGUUCUGUGAUAUAUAAAUGUCU